AUGGCAGCUCAGGCGAGUGAAAAGCUACAACAGCUUGACCUGGCCGGCCCAAACGGCGCCAAAGCGGACGCCCCCGCCGGCCAGGCAGCCCCCGGCGAGGCCGAGGACGAUUCCGACGACGACCAGGAAGAAGGAGAGGGUGCUCCUGACGCUACUGCUACCGGAGCGGCCAAAAAGAAGAAGAAGCGCAAGCCCAAGAAGAAGAAGAAGGGCGGCGCCAAGGUCCAGAGUGCGCCGCCGCGGGUCCCCGUCUCCACCCUCUUCCCUAACAACCAGUACCCCGAGGGCGAGAUCGUCGAGUACAAGAACGACAAUGCUUACCGCACGACGAACGAGGAAAAACGGUACCUCGACCGCAUGAACAAUGACUUCCUGCAAGAGUACCGUCAGGGUGCCGAGGUCCACCGCCAGGUCCGCCAGUAUGCACAGAAGAACAUCAAGCCCGGCCAGACUCUCACCGAGAUCGCUGAGGGCAUUGAAGACUCGGUGCGCGCACUCACAGGCCACCAGGGCCUGGAAGAGGGCGACAACAUGAAGGGUGGUAUGGGAUUCCCCUGCGGUCUCAGCAUUAACCACUGUGCGGCGCACUACACUCCGAACGCAGGGAACAAAAUGGUGCUGGAGCAGGGGGACGUCAUGAAGGUCGAUUUCGGAGCACAACUCAACGGCCGGAUCGUGGACAGUGCCUUUACUAUGUCUUUUGACCCGGUGUAUGAUCCGCUACUGGCAGCGGUGAAGGAUGCUACCAACACCGGUAUUCGGGAAGCAGGUAUUGAUGUCCGCAUGAGCGACAUUGGUGCCGCCAUCCAGGAAGCCAUGGAGAGCUACGAAGUCGAGCUGAACGGGACUAUGCACCCGGUCAAGUGUAUCCGUAAUCUCAACGGACAUAACAUUGACCAGCACGUCAUUCACGGUGGUAAGAGUGUACCCAUUGUCAAGGGCAAUGAUCAGACCAAAAUGGAGGAGGGCGAAGUCUUCGCCAUCGAGACUUUCGGUAGUACCGGCAAGGGUUACGUGCGAGAAGACAUGGAAACCUCUCACUACGCCCUGACGCCAGAUGCGCCCAAUGUCCCUCUGCGCCUAUCCUCCGCCAAGAAUCUUUUGAACGUGAUUAACAAGAACUUUGGCACUUUGCCCUUCUGUCGGCGCUAUCUGGACCGGUUGGGCCAGGAGAAAUAUCUGCUGGGAUUGAACAACUUGGUUUCCUCCGGUAUCGUCCAGGACUACCCCCCUCUGUGCGAUGUCAAGGGCUCGUACACGGCCCAGUUUGAACAUACCAUUGUCCUUCGGCCGAACGUGAAAGAGGUGAUCAGCCGAGGCGACGAUUACUGA